AUGCAGUCACUCUGCGUGUUGGCCAGAGACCUGCAUUACUCAUAUUUUUCACAGCCCAUCAAGCGCUCCCUCCGUUCCCACAGAACUAAUGCUAACACAGCAGUUAAUGAGCUGAAGAGACAGGCAUGGGAAGAAGUGGCGCAGGGUGUGAAUGCAUUAGGGGAGCGGGAGACGCGCACUGCUACUGAGGUGAAGCGUCGGUACCUGGACUGGCGUGCGCUGAUGAAGAAGAAAGAGCUGAGGGCUGAGCUCAACCUCUCCCCGUCCUCCUCUUCCUCUCUGACGGUGAAGACUGAGUGUGAUCAGUCCUCACCGGAGCACGAGGCGGCUCCUCAAGGCUCGGAUCAGCUGCUGGAGCUCCCAGGCUUCCAGAGGGAUUGUCAGAGCGACUGGCCGGAGCUGGUGGGGGUCAGUGAGCCGAGCACCGGGCAGUCAGUGACGACACAUCCGGGGAUGAAAGUAGAGGAUGACAUCAUUGAUUACAAACUGGACAGGGAUGCUGGAGACGCAGACAUGGAUGACGUGGACAUUCCGUCUCUCCUCAGUGACAUUGAGUCAUGCGGGGAGGGACACGCUGAUGACGUGUUCCCCCACAAUAAUCUGAACCUGCUCAGCUCCUCCAAAGACCUGAUCACCACCACCACCAGGUGUCUGCUGCCGGUCGGCGGCCUGGCAGGACCGGGCGAGGAUCAGGAGAGCUCGGGCGCAGGAUCUCUUCUCGCCGUUGAGAAACAGCGGCUGGAGAUGGAAAAGCAGCGGCUGGCCGUGGAGACGGAGCGCCUCGCCGUGGAGAAGGAGCGUCUGCAGGUGGAGAGGGAGCGUCUGCGUCAGGUGGAGGUGGAGCGGGAGCGGCUCCUGGUGGAGAGGGAGCGGCUGAGGCUCCUGCUCACGAGCCGGUCCGAGCACAUCCAGGGCCCGCCGUCCUCCACCGCCGCGUCUUUGUUCUACACUCACGGCGAGGCGGAGGAGAACAGCUGGGUGUCGGCCGUGAACCUGGAGGCGGCAAGGAUGAAUCUGGAGCGGGAGAGGCUGCUGCUCUUUAAAUUCGAGGCAGGCAGGCUGCAGAUUGAAAAGGAGCGCCUGCAGGUGGAGAAAGACAGAAUGCGACUGCACAAAGACCACCAGCCUGUCAAAUCCUGAUAAGUAACGCUUCAACGUUUCCUCACAUACUGAAAGUGCUUAACAAAAACAUAAGACAUCUGAAUAUUUACUCCAAAUUAAAUAAUUUGGCUCAGGAGAAGCUGAGAACGGAGGCUCGRCAUGUUUAAAUGACAGAGCAAGAACUUUUGAUGUUUUCAAAAAACGUGUGAUGAGGCAAAAAUGAUGCCAUGUUGGUCAAAUUUAACCUAAACAGUAUUAAACAAAUGAAAUUUCCACCAGCUGCCAGAACYCAGAGCCCUGCCCAGCACACAAAAUGAACGUGGUAAGUUGUUGCUGUUUAUUCAGCUGCUGCCUUCUGCAUGGGUUGCCACAGCCAAUGAAAUUGCAGGAAAGAUUUGUCAGUUGGGUUUUACACUGGAUGUCCAUCCUGAUGUAAUCUGGGCUCAAACCUGCAGCCUCAACAUUACAAGUCCCAACCACACACCCCCAACUUCAAACCAGUUUUUAUUUCAUUUUUCUCAAAGCCUAACCAAAAUGAUUUCUGUCACAUAUUGCAGAUGUUAAUAAAUGAACCCAUUUCAACCUGA